CAUUACGACAGUGGAAAUCGCUUUACGACUGUUUUCGUCGGCGUGAUGGCGGCAUAUGGAGGGUUUGAAAGCGAGAGGAACAUCGAGAAGAAAAAAUCCGAAAAGAGGAAAUACAGAGAGGGGGUUCUCCAGCAGGCGAAGAAGAAGUAUGAGGAUGAGGAGCGGAGGGCGGCGGAGAGGAAGGCUCGAGGUGAAGACACCUGGAUGCUGCCGGAAAUCGACCAGCGGCUGCAGCAGAUUGGUCAGGAGCAUUCAGUGAAAAAUAAUAAUAAGAAGAAGGACAAAUCCAAAAAGAAGAAGAAGGAGAAGAAGAAGAAAAAGAAAGUGAAGAAAGAAAAAGCUCAGGAGCAGGGCGGCUCCUCGGACAGCUCAGAGGACUCUGAUGAGUGGGUGGAAGCUGCACCCCAGUCAAGGGGAGUGGACAAAGCGUGGAAGGUCUCAGGGCAGGCCACACCCACUGUCAGCACAGCCAAUAGCAACCAGAGAGAUGAGUGGAUGACCUUCGACUUCCUGGCCAUGAAGACGACAUCUGUUGCCGAGAGACGAGCACGGAAGGAGGCGGAGAAAGAGGCGGAGCGAGAGAGGGAGCGCAGCGUGGAGCAGGCUGGACUCCACAGGCUGGAGCUCAAUCCCUACUGGAAAGAUGGAGGAAGCGGGCUGCCCCCAGAGGAGAGCAGCAGUACUGCCCUAAAAAAAGCGGCGAUGGUGGAGGACGGGGGUCUGAGCUGGUUAAGGAAGUCCUAUCAGAGGAUGAAGGAACAGGCAGAGAAAGAGCAGCGCAGACUGGACGACAUUGUGGCUGAGAGAUACGGGUCCAUGGAGCAGUUCCAGAAGAGACUACAGGAGGCAGAAGAGGCAGCUGUCACUCAGAGGAGACCAGAGAGAGAGAAAGGGAGGAGAGGAGAGGGGGAUGAACAGAGGGAGAAAUGGAGGAGGAAAGGAGAGGGGGAUGAACAGAGGGAGAAAUGGAGGAAAGGAGAGGGGGAUGAACAGAGGGAGAAAUGGAGGAGAGGAGAGGGGGAUGAACAGAGGGAGAGAUGGAGGACAGAUUCAAACAGGGCUGGUCAUCGGGAAGGAAAGAGGGAGAGAGAGAGAGACCGAAUGAGAGAUAGAGGUGAGAGAGACAGAGAAAAAGACCAGGGCAUAGAAAGUGAGAGGGAUGGAGAGAGAGACCAGAGGAGAGAGCGAGAACGAGAGAGAGACCAGGGCAUAGAAAGAGAGAGGGAUGGAGAGAGAGAUGGACAGAGAGAGGAGAGGCGAUCGAGGGAGCUCUCUCUCUCCUCCCUCAGAGGACGCUUCCUCAAGCCGUCCGACUCUGAUGACCCCCCGACCCCGGUGGCUACCUGGAGGAAGCCGGGAGUGACCGCCGCCGGAGCAUCCAAUCAGAGCGCAGCGAGAUUCCUGAAACCUCGAGAUGAGGAGGAUGAUGAUGCUCCAGCGUGGAGGAAGAGCAGUGGUGGGAGAGAGUUACAGGAGGCGAGAGAGAGAGCGAGGGAGGAAACGGAGCAGCAGGAGAAAAUCCAACAGCAGCGCAGCGCCACUCUGGUGGAGAAGAGCAGCUCAGAGACUGAUGAAGAUGAUGGUGAAGAUGAGGAAGAGGGUCCACUCCUGACGGAUGAAGAGAUGAACAAACUCGGAGCCAAACUGGUGAAAGCUGAGCUCAUGGGCAACACGGCCCUGAUGGACUCUCUGAGGGCUCAGCUGGACGCUGCACGGAAGGCCAGAGAGAAUCGGCCGCAGAAGCCCCCCGCCAGACCACCCACACAGGUAGCGGCUGAGGCAGACGCAGAUAAAGACUUGGUUUUGUUCAGAAUGGACCAUUCUGGAAGAGCGUGGCCAGUCAGCGGACCCUCCCAGCACGUGGAGCCAAAAGGAGGGAGACGGAAAAGGAAAGCGAUCGAGACACACAUCUCCGGCGAGCGUGUGCGCUACUUUGAGGAUGACGAUGGUGUGGAUUUGAGGGAGAUGGUGCGUCGGGAGAAAAUGAGCUCGGCGGCAGAUCAGAACGCCCUCUACUCACGUAUGGCCGCUAAGAUGAUGGGGAAGCAGGACGGGGAUAACUACACUCUAGAUGACAUGUUUGUGUCGAGCGCAGCUCAGAAGGAGCGGGCAGGGCUGGAUGAGGAGCGCCAGCGCAGCAGAGCUAUGGAGGAGACGCGCAGACUGGCCAGCCGCAUGGAGAAAUGCCCUCACUGCUUCACGAACCCAGAACUGCCCAAACACCUCAUCAUCGCCAUCGGAGCAAAGGUGUAUCUGAGUCUGCCAAACAGUGUGUCUCUGACGGAGGGUCACUGUUUGAUCGCCCCGCUGCAGCACCACUGCUCCUCUACUGGCCUCGACGAGGAUGUGUGGAACGAAAUACAGGUCUUCCGGCGCGCUCUGGUCAGGGUGUUUGAAGCUCAGGAUCUGGACUGUGUUUUUUUGGAGACUCAUAUGAGCCCUAAGAGGCGUCUGCACCUGCUGUACGAGUGUGUUCCUCUGCCCCGGGAACUCGGAGACACAGCGCCCAUUUACUUCAAGAAGGCGCUGAUGGAGUGUGAUGAAGAGUGGGCCAUGAAUAAGAAGGUGGUGGAUCUUUCCUCCAAGAACAUCCGACAGGCUGUUCCUCGUGGUUUGCCAUAUUUCUCUGUGGAUUUCGGUCUGCAGGGCGGAUUCGCUCAUGUCAUCGAGAAUGAGCAGAAGUUUCCUCACUAUUUUGGGAAGGAAGUCCUGGGUGGGAUGCUGGACCUGGAGCCGCGGCGCUGGAGGAAACCCAUCCGGGAGAACUUUGACGAUCAGAGGAAGAAGGUGCUGCAGUUCUCUCAGUGGUGGAAACCGUUCGACUGCACCAAGACUGACAGCUAGACUCGGCCAGUGAACGUCCUCGAGGGCGUGUUCAGGCUCUGAGCUGGAGCCCUGAUUGGUUCAGUUAGAAGUACAUCACAGCACUGUGUUUUAAAGGGGAUCUCCAUCUCCACCAAAAUUCCUGCUUAAUUGUCUGGUUAAGAUGUAAACAGAGUGGUUUUAUGUUCUAGAUAAACUUACCAAGUCAGAACUGUUCACAGUGGUGGUGAUGGGAACCAGACGUCCACCUCUAAAAGCUCCCUCACAGAAAAUUCCU